UGUCAAUCUCCCUGGGAUCAGUUCCCUCAGCCAGGGGGGAUCACUGCUGGUGUGGUCAGCUGUAUUUUUCUACUUUGUUUCUUUUUCUAGCUGCCUUUUGUUAAUCACCCUGCUCAACAGUGAUCCCAAAGGAGAGCCGAGAGGGUAAAGUUAUACGAAACUGCCCCGUAACUCCUGCGCACACACCCCAGGUCAAUAAAACUUAAGCAGAAUGACAGUGACAGCUGCCGUGUGGCACACAGAGGGAAUCGGGCAGUUCUGUUUGGAAACCUCAGAGACAAGUGUAUCAUUACAGCCUGUCCACUCAGAGAGAAACCUCCUCAACACACCCCCCAGGAUCAGGCACAGCUUGCCCACAGCCAGCACGAUUCCAUCUUGGUCAUCUGCAAGGCCCGGCAAGACAAGCUUUCUCCAUGCUAGGAGCCCCUGGCUAUUUUCUGUGUUCACCUCCACCCUGUCCCUGCCCACCACAGUCUGAGGUUUGGGAGCCCAGGCAGAGCAAACUUCUAACCUUGAAGGAGGAAAGGAAGACCCGAUGGGAGGCAAACAGUCAAGGGCUGGCUCCAACGAGAAGGACCCCAAGAGGCUGCUGCCAGGGAAGAGACAGAAGUUCUCUUCGUGGGAUGACACCCUGCUCUUGGGGAAGGACCCACGGUCCCUGCUGAAGCGCGGCAUGAGGCACGUUAGCUUCAGCUUAGUCACCAAAGGAAUGACAGACGUCCCAGACUUUCUGUGGGGCUUGUUGGAAGUCCAGAAACUCAAUCUGUCCCACAACCAGCUCCAGGUUCUCCCCCCUGAGGUGGGCAGGCUGACCCGGAUUGUGGUCCUGAACUUGUGUGGCAAUCGCCUCAAGAGUCUCCCCAGAGAAGUCAGCCUCCUGCAGAGCCUCAAGGUCUUGUUCCUCAACAUGAACUGCCUGGCGGAGGUGCCCGCCGAGCUCAGCCUGUGCAGGAACCUGGAAGUGCUGAGUAUGUCGCACAACUGUCUGUCCCCUCCGGCCAGCUUUGCAGACCUCUCCAGACUUCGGAAGCUGAACCUCAGCAACAACUAUUUUGCUCACAUCCCCAUCUGUGUCUUCUCUUUGAAGGAGUUGGAUUUCUUGCAUGUGGGUUCCAAUCGCCUGGAAAACAUUGCAGAGAGCAUCCAGUGCCUGGCUAGCUUGCAGAUCUUCAUUGCAGAGAGCAACAACAUUCACUCCUUCCCCAGGUCACUCUGCCUGGUCACCAGCCUAGAGCUGCUGAACCUGAACAACAACGACAUCCAGACCCUUCCGGAUGAACUCUACCUGCUCUGUAGACUGGGGAGGAUUGCCUGGAACCCCAUGGACAAGGGGUUGCACAUUUCCCAUAAUCCUUUAUCCAAGCCCCUGCCGGAGCUGGUGGAGGGAGGAUUGGAGAUGCUCUACAGCUACUUGAAGGACAAAAAGCACCAUUGAUGUGGGCAGCAGACACAUGGACAUCAGACACACGGACACUAGUCAGCUCACAUGGACUCUGUCAGCUGGGGUACUUCUCUUGUCUAAGCGUUUUAAUGUUAGUAUUUGUCAGUGCGGGGCUCCUAGUUGCUAAGUUUCUGUGGAGCAUCUGAUCAGGUGAGAUACUUGCUUUUUAACUUUGUCUGUCCUUCGUGUUGAAUAGGCUCAUCACACUCAAAAGCAUGAUUGGGAGUAGGCUUUUGGGUAUUACCAAAAGGAACAAAUUACUCUAGCCGUGAGAUUUAACUCCCGGUGAAGUGAAUAAGUUUAAACUCAACAUAAUUCCAAGAUCAAAUAUAUGCUACUGUGUACUGUGUGCCAAAUAUCGUGUGAAGGAUGGAAAUCAUCUAGUUUGGGGUGGUUUCCAACUCCAACCAGUAACCUGCAGCAACCUGGCAACAGCAAGACAAGUUCGUAAGCCAGCCUCAAGCAAGCGUCCCUCAAGACGAUGAAAGGGCACAUGGAGCUGGCUCUGUGCCGUCUGGGACCAAAACAGGCAAAGCUGUCCCUUUGGGUUUGGGAGAAAUCACCAUAGGAACUUUUCCUUUAAGACGCUCUCGGGCUAUUCAUGGUUGUGUGUGCUGGCCCGAUAGCUCUCAGAUAAUAAACACAGAUGGUUUC